AUGGCGUUUCGUUUUCUCAAGGGUCUCAUACAAUCAGCUAGUUCAAGAUAUCAAAAACUUAGUCUAGUUGGAAAGGCUUUGAUGUGGUUCAUUGUAUUCUUCAAUGCCUGUUUCGCCACAUCCAUCAUUGUGAUCACUCCAACUCGCAUUGCUCAAUUCAUGUAUAACGCCGCUCAAGACAUCCGACAUCUUCCGUAUGGGUAUGCACUUCUUAUCGUUGUCCUGACUGUUAUGUCCUUUCCCCCUUUCCUUGGACAUGCCAUGAUCCUUAACUUAUUCGGUUUCACAUACGGUGUGCAAGGCUUCUUCCCUGCGGCAGUUGGAACACUGGCAGCCUCCGCCAUAGUUUUUGUUACACUUCGGUUCAUAUUCAGCCAGAGGCUGCGUUCAUGGUCAUCCACUAACGAGAAAUGGCAGGCUCUGGAAACUGUGAUACAAUCCAGAGGCCUUCCCCUGAUCAUCCUCAUCCGCGUCUCUUCGUUGCUGCCGUGGGCUUGGUCAAACUCGCUAUUCGCAAGCAUAGCGCCGGUUUCGUUGUUCCAGUUCUUCAUAGCGACUUUGUUUGUCCUUCCAAAGGCUAUGGUUUAUGUGUUCGUCGGAACUCGUAUUGCUAGACUCUCCGACGGCAAACAGAGAAAUCAAAUGGAUACCCAAACAGAGAUUCUCAACAGCCUUCUAGUUGUCGGUGGUAUCUUGGGAACUGUCUUAGCCAGCUCGUUGCUCUAUUAUUUCAUGCAGAAGGAGAUCAAGCGCCUACAUGCCAGCUUGCCGGAUCGUGACGAACUCGAUGCAGAGGUACUUGAGGCAGCAGAGGAGACGCCUUUGUUGAGAUCCAAUUCUUUGCGUUCCCUCUCACUUCCUUAG